UAAAUAAUAAAUAAAAAUGAAUUCAUCUAUUCAAAACUUUCCUAGUUAUAUGCCAAAUUGCCAGAAUACUGUUCAUUGUCCAACUCCUGUCCGCCCAUAUGGUUGUAAUAUGCAACUUCCGACUUCACCUGAUAUUUGCGAAAUGGAUCAAGGAUAUUCUCCACUGUGCAAACAGCAGGAAAUGAAGUACGUUUACGAUAGAAACCAGUCACAAAGCCCGGUGAUUAACUUGAUGCAAUGCCCAUCCUCUCCUGAUGUUGGUGUAUUUAACCCUAGUGACAGGAAAGAUUGCAGCAAUACUCCAGCACUUAAGCUUAGGCACAAGCUAAGCUCAAGAUCGAAGGCAUUUAUCAAAAAGACGAUCAACAAUAAGAAUGAUAGGAAGGCUUCGUCUGAUACUAAGGCUCACACUGAAGAUGAAGGAAAUAAUUCUGAUGACUCUGAGAAUGAUAUUAUGGCCACAACUCCAAAUUUAUUUUUGAAGAAAUGCAUGACUACCCAGUUUCCUCAUUCACCUAACAAUGACAAUAUGGUGUUGUCGGAAAAGGCUCAGACUUCUUUUGUGACCAAAUUCAAAACCGAGUUAUGCAAGAAUUGGCAAGCAGGUGACUGCAAAUUUGGCUCUAAGUGUUCCUUCGCUCAUGGAGUAGAAGAGCUUAGUCAGAGAAAGAACCUCCCGUCUAACUAUAAGACAAAAAUAUGCAAACAGUUCCAUGAAGAGUUUUAUUGCUCUUAUGGAGAGAGAUGCCAAUUCAUCCAUCUUUCCAAGCCAUCUGAGGAGAAGGAAAUGACUUUGACUAAAGCUAUUUACUCCUCUGUAGGCCUUAAGCCAGCUCAUAAAGAAGCUAAGGGAAGACUCUCAGUAUUUAAAAAUUUCUCUAACUAA